AUGAGCCCACAACUGGCACUCCCUAAAAGGAUCAACAAUGGAACACUUGACAAGCAGUUUCAUAAGGUUUUGAAAGUGUUCAAGCAAUUCGACAUCACCAUUCCAUUUUUGCAGGUGGUCACUCAAAUGUCAAAGUAUACCAAAUGCCUUAAGGACAUCAUAUCUAACAAAAAGAAAUGGGAUGAACAUGAGACUAUACCGAUGAAUGAGGAAAGUAGUGUUGUUAUUAUAAAUAAGCUUUCUCCUAAGCUUAAGGAUCCAUGGAGUAUAACUAUAACUUGUGUUGUUGGUAAAAUAUCUAUUGGUAGAGCACUUUGUGGUCUAAGAGCUAGUGUAACUUUAAUACAUUUGUCUUUGUGUAAGAAAUUAAAUAUUGGAGAAUCCAAACCCAUCAAUAUUUUCUUACAACUAGCUGAUGGGUCUAUAGUCUAUCCUGAAGGAAUUUUGGAGGAUGUACCUAUCAAAGUUAGGAAAUUUUGUGUGCUUUGUGAUUUUGUGGUUUAG